AUGUCUAGCCUCCCUAACUUAAGGAAUUCUUUGCCCCGUAAAGGAAAACACUGGUCGUACAAUGUUCUUGAAUGCGUGAUCCAGCGUGGACCUAGGAAUGGGAACUUUAAUCUUCAUAUCGUUGGAGGAGCCGAGAAUGGGGAGUUUAUUUGUAUUGGAGACGUUAAACAGGAAAAAUUGCGGUACAGAAGGGGAAAGAUUCUCCCAGGAGAUGUAGUAUUGGAAAUAAAUGGGGCACCAGUCGCUGGGUAUACUCAAUUUGAUGUCUUGCCUUUGAUCAAAAGUUCGAGAGAAGCAGUUACUCUACGAACCGUAAAACCAGGUACGAUAAAGUGUUUGCGUUGACUAUCGUAAGUUAACUGCAUAAUACUAUACAAGUAUCAGCCACGACUACGAUAAAUUCAGCUUGUGUAUAUCACUGGCCGUAAUUUAUGUAGCGGGUUUAAAUGCUGGAAACACUUAGACAAACUUAUGUAAAAAAAUAAAUAAAUAAUUGGAAUGCCAGUUUAAAUAUCUUGCUGAUUGAAUGAUUCACGCGACAGGAAUGCCGAGAAUAUUGAUUUUAUCUGAAUUUUACACCAGUUUGCAUCUUUUAGUCGAAAAUAGCCGAGCCUAUAUAGUGUAAAUCUGUCAUUUCGCAGUUAAUAACUACCUUCAAAAUUUUAUGGGGCCUAUAUGAUCAUAAGCCAUCAUAAGGUGAUUUCAAAUUUCUGGGGGAUUAAUUGGGCCUGAUAUAAUUUGGGUCAUUGAAGUUGUUUCUAAUCUUAUCCAAGAUGAUACAUAUUGUAUUCUUGUAAAGGAUGGUGAGUUUAAAUCCAACGGAUGUUACAUAGUGGUAUCAUUCAAUGACCUUGAAUAGCAAUUUCCACUUUUUGAUCAUAAAGUAAAUUCAGCAUUUUUGGCCCCUUUCAAAAUUUAGAGCAUCAUUUGAUAAUAAUGUUUAAUUUAUUUUUAAGUUAUGAUAUUGCUAGCAAUCCUUCAAAUCCUGUCUUAAAACAUUUUUGAAUAUUAAUUCCUUAGCCACCCAUCCUUAAUACACUGCACAUUAUAAUAUACGAGUUCUCUCUGCAAGAAUUGCAGUGUUGUUUGCUAAUCAGUUUAUUUUUACUUACUGAAAGUACAUCAUACAUGCUUAAAAAUACAUCCAUUAGCUCAUCUGGAAUAACUUUUGAAAUAGUUCGCAGUUUCUCAUGGAAGUGGCUCAUGACCUAAGAAUGCAACAGGAUGGAUGAUGACUAAUGAACAUGUCCAUCACUUGGCUAAACUUCUGAUCUUACACAUCUAUGCCAUUUGAGAUGCUAAAAAAAUUGUCUGUUUAACUGUUUGUUUACUUAGAACAGUAAAAAAGUGUAAUGUAAACACUUUAACCUAUAAUCAACUAAGUCUGUGUUUGUACUAAAACAGGAGUAUAGAAUUCCUUACAACAUAAUUUGUUGUUCUGCCUGUGACAGGUGAUCAUGAUAAUAAGGUACAUGAUAAUAUUGAUCAUGACCACAAAAAUUAUUAGUAUUCUGUGCUGGCAAGAGCGUAAGAGUGGGUUGCCACUAUUCUAACAAUUAUUGAAUACAUCUAUUUUUAAUACUUGCCUUGGAUAACAUCAAGGAAAUAAGUUUUUGUUGGCCUCUAAAACAAAUGUUCCUCUUGAUGAAAUGCCUUCCUUAAAGAUCUUUUUCUGUACUUGCAGGGGAACAUAUCACCAGAGACCUUCAAAAGUACCUGUCAACAAGGUUUGAGAAGGAUUCAGUUGAUAGCAACUUACAGCAAACUAUCAGAGAUAAUCUUUAUAACAGAACAAUACCAUGUAAGUUUAUUAAACAUUUUAUUUAUUCAUCCUGGUGAAGUACAAUAUUAUAAAUAGUAAUUAUAAAUAAUUAUCAUUAAAUGAUGUACAUUAAGUCAUUUGUGAUUUAGAUCAGAAUAUUUCAACUGUCAUGAAUCAUGUUAUAAGGCAGGAUGCUUCACUGUAAAUGGUUAGUUUUCAACAGGACAGCUGUGAUUGGUGCAUUUUGAACCUCACUGUUUCAAUGAGUUGUUCCCUUACUGGGGUGAUGUCAUACAGCUCUCCUCUAUGUAAUGUGUCUCUUGAUUUAUUUUUUGGGUAUCUGUGCAUGUUUUUGUGCCCCUUUUGAAUUUCUUAGGGUGAAAUCUUAUGUAAAUUGCCUUUUUGAUAGUAUGUGAUUCACUGUACCCUGACCUCUGCUAUCUCAGAACCAGUUGCCACCCCACCAGACAUCACCCACUUUGUAAUGAAGUAAAAUUUAGUUAAUGGCGUGCGAGUCUUAUUGGUAAACACACAGCCCUGGUCAAAAAGGUGAUUCACAUAAGUCUUUACCUUGACAACAUCAACAAGGAUACACAAGAACCGAAAUUCCACAAUUACAAAACACAACAACAGGUGAGCUGCAUGACAAUGAAUAGUCCAAGGAACAACUCACUGAAAUGGCAAUAAUAAUUAUUGAAAUGCGCCAAUCACAGCUUUUGAAAACCAAGGCAUUCCUUUAUCACUCUUCUCAAUCUCCCUCUAUUUGUUUUUAUGGCUUGCUCAAUUUGUUGUCUGUAUUGAACUAUCUGAAUGCCUGGAAUAGGCUAAACUGGGACAUAAAGCAAGAUGUCAGCAGUGAUAAGGUAUUUGCAAAGGUUCUGGUGUUAAAUUCAAUCCAUCAUCAAGCUAAUAUUAUUUUAUAGGUUAGGUUUUUAAAGGCUGGGAAUUAAGAGCCAGCAGAAGAGUGAAAUUGUAAAUUGCUAUUGCCAUUUUACUAAAUACUGAUUUCUUAAAAAUUUUAGAGAAAUGCACUCUUCUCAUUUCUCUCAUGUACAGUGUAAUUGUGAUUGAAAUACUGUGAAUGAUUUUGUUUGUCAUUGAUUUUCCACUUUUUAAAAGGUACGACACGGAAACCAAGGAGUGAUGAAAUACCAGGUGAAGAUUAUGUCUUCCUCACGGUUGAGGAGUUUGAAGAACUGGAGAGAAGUGGGGCUUUGCUGGAGAGUGGAAUUUAUGGAGGAAACCACUAUGGUACUCCAAAACCACCAAGAGAUCCACUUCCACCAGGCAACCUGAUAUAUGUGCCACCUAGGAACUCAAGUUCAUUGCAGAAUGAUCGAGAAAGUAAUCACUUUGAUGACACACUACCAGAGCCAGAAAACUUAGGACAACUACCAUCAAACUGGGAGAUUGCCUACACUGAAGAUAAUGUCAAGUAUUUUAUUGAGUAAGUUGUGCAAAAAAGCGUGAUUGAUGUGCAGGUGCAAAAUAUGUCCCAUGUCCCAUUUUCUUGUCCCAGAAUAGCAAAUUAUUAUAAUUGUUCAUUUUUUCCUUUCAAUUUGUUAAAGAGCUGUUAUGUUUGUUUCUCAAAGUGGCAUCCUUACUGGCACCCUACUAUGAGGUGAAAUUGAAUGUCAAAAGCGCUUCGUUUAGUACAGAUAACAGUCGAACAUCAAGAUUGUCAAUUUUUUACCGUAUUUCUAACCAGAAAAACUUCGUCCCAAAAUAUCUCGAUAACUCUCUUACAGAUUUAGCUUAAAUUUCACGAACAUCGAGGCAGCUAUCUUGGGGAAAAGCUCCAGUAAACAAUUUUGGAAGAACAGUUCCCAGUGCCGAGAAAUACUGCUGCAAGUAAAACAGUUAAUGUCGUCAUUUCAUUGCUAUGACAACUCUGAUGUCAUUGCAACCCUGAUCAUAACCAGUCUUCUUCUUUAUCUAAUACAACUGUGGUGUCAAUUUUUCCAAAUCCUUGUUUAUGGCGACGCAGUUUACGCUCAAACUUGGGAGGUAUUGACCUUGAAAAACUAUAUCGAGCCACCUUAAACCUGAAUUUAAUUCUGACCUGUAAAUGUAAGCACCAGGCCGAAUAAAAAAGUGAAACACUUAAAAAGUACCCUGGUGUUAACUAAAUGAGCAUUGACAGACAAAAAGGUAGUUACCACCCAAUACUUUAGGUCGCCCUGUAAAUGCAGUGUAUCAUUUUGCAUUUUUAGAUACUUAGAUGUGUUUAAUUUACUGGUUAUGUUGUAAUGUAUGAUUGUUGCCUCUGUUUCUAGCCAUAACACUGGCACAACACAAUGGAUGGAUCCAAGACUGGCGCAAUUGAAAAAAGCUACAGUUGAUGAAUGCGAUGAUGAUGGUAAACGAACAAAAUUCAAACUCCCACACACAGCCCGUUCAACGUACAUUAUGUACAUUUUGUUUUUAAAAAAAUAAGGGCAAAAAUGUGAAGGCAAAAUCACAGUAAUGUUAUUUUCCAGCUUUCCAAUAAUAAUAACCAAUGAGACAAAUAUAGAGAAAAUAUAGCUUUCAUUUGAAGUUUUCCACAUGAUUGUUUUAUACUAUGGAAUCACUCCAGCUACUAAUUGUUGUCAUUUGUUUAUGGCAGAGUUACCCUAUGGCUGGGAAAGGAUUGAUGAUCCUAAAUACGGAACCUACUACAUUGAGUAAGUACAAAAAUAAUAUAGGCAAAACAGUACAUUUUGACAGACUUUUCUUAUUUUCAGCGGUGCAUGUUUUAAUUUCUUUAAAUAAGUUUAAAUUACAAUUUAGUAUUAAAAGUUUAUCACUACAAGUUUAGCAGACUUUUCCAGUCAGUGGACAAUUACUUGUACUUCUCCAUGUUCUCAAACUUUUUCCAUAGCUUAAUGUGUUAAACAGUUGUUUAAAGGUGUGAUUGGGUUUUCCAGCGGUUGUUUUAAGGUGGCUUAACACAGUUUCUUUAGAACUAGCUGAUUUAACCCUUUACUGUGCAUUUUAACGUCCUUAUCAUGAUGAAGUAUGCACCCAAUAAGGUUAAAAAAAGUGCGAAGACAUGCUAAGAAGAAGUUAAAGAGAAAUUUAUCAUGUUUUUGUUGUCUUUGAAAUCUCACGUGACCUGUCUAAGCAUGUACAGGUGCUAUGCAUGCAUACUUAGGAAGCAAUGUGAGAGUGCUUGUUUUGUUGACUUUCCUAAGCAAUAUAAAUAAACAACAAUAUCUUAAAAUCUACUCAUUGAAAUUUGACAAAGUUUAGCAGAAAUCAUGUUCAUUAUUACACUUAAGCCAAUGAAAGCCUCAAAAUAAAUUUUGAAUGAUUGUGUUUUGUAACUUGUAACACAGUCAAGAAUUCCUUGAAAGCAAUUUUCUUAAAAAUUUCAAAAACUGUUUGUUAUAGUUUGGUCAUUUGGUUUCUGCAAAAAAAUGAUGGUUACUUAUCGUAAGCUGUGUACAAAUUGAUAAGAAAAUCUAGUCACUGGAUAAAUUUUUGCAUAAACCAAGUGAAUUCAAAAUUUUAGGCCAAUGCUUUCAAUCAUCCAUGUUGCCAUGACAAUGAUCUAUAUCUCACUUUUAACCUAAUAAAUGUCAUGUCUUAUAAAUACAGUUGACUUCUGAUAAGUUGAACCCUCAAGGGAAAUCACAAACAUUUCGAGUUAUAGGAAGUUUAAAGCAAAUAACCAGAUGUAAGGAAAUGGGAUGGGGGAGGAAUGCUCUGAGUUAGCAGGAGGUUGGAGUUACCAAGGGUACAAUUACAUUGUACAGCAAAUGUAUGAAGGAAAUCCAAGGGAAAUCAAGUUUGGUUCGAGUUAGCAUGAGGUUCAAGUUAGCGAGGGUUUGAGUUAUCGGGAGUCGACUAUAAAAUUUGUCCAUGCCAAAUGUGAAAACCCUAGUAACAUUAAUAGCAAUGAUCCACAGCCAAUCAAACUGUGUUCAGCAGCCAUAAAAAAACCUACCCUACCCCACUCCACCCUCUAUUUCUCCUUUUGCUGGUAAUGACCAUAACAGGUACCUGGAAUGUUGGCUCAUGGGUUGGAGGAUUUGCUCAUUAUUGGGGCAGUAUUCAAUCUAGGGGAGGGGGCCUCUGGCUGAACACAGUGAAAGCCCCCUGCAGGAUAUAUACCCCAGGCACCCACCUUCACUCCUAUGAGAAACUGAAAGGAAACUUAAAUGACAUUUCUUUAGAUUCAGUGUAAACACUGUGAAGCACUGAAAAAAAAAUUACCCUAAUCUGUUUAUUUGGCAUUAAUAAUUACCUAAUAGAGAGGAGAAGUGUGAUGUCACAUUUCCAUGGUAGCAACAUAUUUCUGGAUCACAACCAUGGGGAGCUUAAGCAGCAACGACGGUGACCAUGACAAGAAUGGUGAAAAAGCAAUCAGUUCAUAUCAGCAAAACUUUUUUGUACAUUUCUCAGUCGCUGUUGCAAGUCUGCACCUUGAAACUUCCUAAUUUCAUGUGCCUGCCUUAUUGAGUCAAUGAACACAGCACAGGAAUUUUCUUUUUCUUUUUCUAAAUUCAGAUACGGUCCUUUUGUAUUCAACCCCAGACAAUUUCGCCAAGGUUUUACAAAUUAAAUGAAAUUGAGUAAGAUCAAUGAAGUUUGAAACAGUGUGAAUUCACUUUUUAAGUGACAUUUUCGCUUUGUUGUCAUCCAGAAAUUUUCCUACCAUGGCAAUGUGACGUAAAGACUUCUCCCCUCUAUUAAUUAAUGUAUUUUAAGCUAUUAAUUUGGUUGUUCCUUUAGUCAUGUCAACAGGAAGACUCAGUUUGAAAAUCCAGUGCAAGCACGUCGGCGUGUUAGUCAAACGAACAGCAUAUCAUCAUACUCCUCCUCAGUGCCACCUCCCCAUGUGGGCCCACCAUCUUUACAGUCAGCAGCUGCAUUAGCUAAAGCACAGGAAGCUGAGGCCCAAUCAAGGUGAUAUCUUUGAUUAAUAGUGUCAUUUCUCUUUACUUUAAGUUAAGUUAGAUGUAUGGUUGUCAGUAUAAGAGAGACAGAAAAAUAUUAUUAUCAUUAUUAUCACUGUUAUUAUUAUUAUUAUUAUUAUUAUUAUUAUUAUUCAUGGCUGCCACUGUCUGGGAAAAUUUAGGGAAAAACAAGAACUUUUCAAGGUCAGGGAAAAGUCAAGGAAUUUUUUAAAAAGUCAGUGAAAAGUCAAGGAAUUCUGUUUUCCGGUUUAUAGUUCACAAGUGUUCGUUAAGACUUUGAAAUGCACUUCCUUACAGAAAAGAUGAAACGUAUGCUGCAAAGCAAGCAAAGAGAUCAAUUUGACACUUAAUUAUGCCUGACACAUGUAGCAGUUGUGGUCAGUGGUUUUUGUUGUGAAUUCUUCCAAAUUCCUUCUUCCUCUUUCUGCAAAAAGCAGAAAGAGGUUAAAAAUGAAGAGAAAAAUAUUGAUGGCCCGCAAAAAGCUAAAGUGAAUGUAAACAUAGAUUGUUAUUCGUUAAUAAAAGGUCAGCGAAAAGUCAGGGAAAAGUCAGGGAAUUUUUAACUUUCUGGUUCAUGAGUGGCAACCCUGUUAUUAUUUUUAUUAUUAUUAUUAUCAUUAUUAUAUCGUGGGUGACGAAUUGUUCCAGUGUUAAUUUAUAAUUUCACAUGUACAAUUACAAAAUUGCCGUGGCAACGUUUCGUACAUCUCAGUGCCAAGAUGGUGUCAAGAGUUUAAAACGUCAAAAACCCAAGAUUGCGUGUGGAAUUUGAAUUGUCAGCCAUGAUAAUAAUAGGUAAUCAAAUGGUAUACAGUGGAACCUCGAUUUAAACCUCUCUACAAUUCAACCAAGUCCUUGGUAUAACAGAUGAUUUUCUUCAGCCCUGCCAAAAUUACAGAAAAAUGUAUGGAAAAGAAAUGGUAGACUAAUUGCAAGUUCAUUAUCAGCUUUCAUUUUUGAAAAUAAUUAAUCCACAAGUUAGCCAUGGGCACCCUUUGACUGAGUUUCUAGUGCCAUACAUGCAGCUACUUACAGCUGAGUACUGAGACAUUGUUCAGAUCUUGAAAUGCUGGAUUUUGUAAAUUAAUUUAUUAUACCUCAAUAUAACGGACAUUUUGGUUGUUUUUUCAAAAAUUCGUUAAAUCAAGGCGUUCGAUAUAACGAACCCUCUAUAUAAGAAAAUGAACAAAUUUCCCCAGUCUCUUGGCACUUCAUUAAAUCGAGGUUCUACUGUACUCUUGAAAUUAGGGAAUAAUUUCCCUUGCAUUUUUCCAAUAAUUUCCCGAACCCUUACGCUCGGAAAAUUUUUAGAAUUUAGACAACUUGGGCGUGAAAUCACUUCCUUAUUUCACUCAUCACCAUUUUUUUGAACACAUACUUAUUCAUUUUCAGACCUAGUGUUUCAAAGCUAACAAAUAUGCUGCUUUUAAUACAAUGUAUUUAGAAUAAAGAUGGAUUGAGGAUUUGAAAAUAAAACGAGACUUUAGAAAUGAUACAAUCGGUUGCACUGUCAAUAUCGAUAUAACUGCUUGACAAUUUGUGCAAUAUCACCUUUCAUGUGAAAUUUAAACAUGGUAUUAUCUUGCCAAGUAUUGAACAUUUGCAUGAUAAGUAUCAAAUUAUUUUGUAGCUCCCAUCUUAAAAGUCUGGAAAAUUACAUUUUGUUUAUCUGCUUUAUUAUUUGCAGAUGGCCCAAUGUAGAGUUUUCCCAGGCACCUCCCCCAGCCUACACUUUAAAUAGCUAUGACCACCCUUCAAGGUCUUACACUAUUGAUGGUAGACAGCUCCAAGGUGAACUGUUAAGAACGGAGCUUCACAAAGGCAAACGUGGGUUUGGCUUUACCAUAGUUGGUGGAGAUCAGGUUGGUGAGCUUCUACAGGUUAAAAGUAUUGUUCCUGAUGGCGCUGCAGCAAAAGAUGGUCAGUUACGAACUGGAGAUGCACUAGUGAGAGUUAAUGGAAUGUCCGUGUUAUCCAAAAACCAUCAAGAUGUUGUCAGCAUGUUCCAGGCCAUGCCUAUGGGCGAGUCUGUUGAGCUAGAAGUUAUCAGAGGUUACCCUUUGCCUUUUGACCCCGAUGAUCCUAAUGUGGAGACAAUUGGUUCCUACACUGUGGUACAGCGUAGGCCCUCUGCUGGCUCAGAAUCACCCAUGCCCCGAUCUUCAGAAGAGAACAGUCCAACAUUCCCACCCUAUUCUACAUCUCAAGUGCCAGGGAUGAUCAAUAAAUGGAGUACUGCUCCAGGUAUUACACAUUUAAUAGUUUACACUCACUUCUACUUUGUUAGUACCUACCUAAAAUAGACACUCUCUUUAUAAGCAGUAAAAUUCCCUGUAACAAGGUCUGCUGAAAGUUGCUCGUACUGGUACAAAUCUCUCUAUUAUUGAUAUCAAACCUCACUCCUGAUGAUAACCUUGUUUCACUUGCAAAGACAUAAAUCUUUAUUUUAGACUUAUUAACAACUGGAACUCCUAGUGGAGGUGGGUUCCCGGAAUGCCCAGAGGCUUCCACUUUUGGGAAAGCCAGCCCCUAGACAGAGUUAUGCCCCCAUGGCUGGUAAACCUGUGCUCUUCAGCCAUGAGCCCCCACGCCAUGCCAAAGGGACCUCCGAGCUGAGCACCAAGCUCCGAGAGAAGGGGCUCGUAGCUGGAAGAAGCCUGAUCCCGUACAUGCCAAUCCUGGAGGCACCCACGUAUGCUGAGCAUGUGAAAAACAUAGAAUGGCUAAACAGAAGCCAAGUGCUAAGAGGCGGAGGCAGUUACACGAACAAACUUCAAAUAAGACACAGGGUUUCAGGAGCAAAAACAAAAGCCAAUAUCAAAAUUUAAAAUGCCAAAUGCUAAUUCACUGUAUGCAAACAGGCAAACAGCCAUACUGAAACAAAAACCUAAGUAUAAGAACUCAACACUAAGUGAUGGUUACACUGAGCCGAAGGCAGUCCCAACCGUUUAGCCAUAAAGCCCCAUAAACACUACAAAAACUUUCCGCCUUAAUGGCCCAAAAACACUACACAUCCUACAAAUUCUUCAAACACCACAAGCAUCCAACCCCAAUGCCCCAUAAAUGCUACAAAUGCUGUAACCACCACAAACGUCCAACCCUAACACCUCAUAAAACACUACCAAAGCUGUAACCACCACAAACGUCCAACCCCAAAGCUCUAUAAAUGCUACAAAUUCUGUAACCACUGCAAACGUCCGACACCAACACUCCAUAAAUGCUACAUAUCCUGUUAACACUGAAAGCGUCCAACCCCAACGCCCCAUAAACACUACAAAUUCUGUAACCACCAUGGAUGUCCAACUGCAAUGCCUUGUACAUGUAAGCACUGCAAAUGCUGUAACCACUGCAAACUUCCAGCCCCUAUACACCCCAUAAAUGCUACAAAUGCUGUAACCACCACGGAUGUCCAACCCUAACACCCCUUCAAUGCUACUAAAGCUGUAACCACUGCACAAUUUCAACCCUAACACCCCAUAAGUGUUUAGAAAAUGCUGCAACCAUCCAGCUCCAAUGCCCUAUAAAGGCUACACAAGGUGCAAACAAUGCUACAACUGUACAGCACCCCAAUGCUCCACAGAAAAACUACAAGUGCUAUAAAAGACACUAAAAAAGCCAAUACCAGUAGUUGUAUUCUUACAAACAAACAAAUGCUAAAAGAUUCUGGAACUAUUUACUUUUAACUACUAAAAGGAAUGUGUGUGCCUGGGGUAUCCAGGGGCCUCCACUAUGACCAACCAGCCCCUAGAUCCUCUCCAAUGGCUGCAGGCAAAUCCCUGCAAGCCAGCCAUGGCCUCCCUUUCCAGGCACCCGUCACACUGAAGCAUGAUGAACCAGUGAAAGGAGACUGAGGAUGAGGGGGAUGGAAUGCUAAAACAACCACUUCAAACUGCUUCACGCUAACACAACCACUACAAAAACUCAAUUUGAUUCUCAUGGCUGUGAUGAAGCAGCAAUGAUCCAUGCAAGUGACACUUGCUAGGUUGACAACUUCAAACCUCUGCACGCUAAUGCAACCACCACAGAAAACCACUCAAUUUGAUCCUCUUGGCUGUGAUGAAGCAAUAACUUUCCAUGUGAACCUACACUUGAGAGUAUAACCACUCAUGGAGAAAACUUUUUAAACGUUGCUAAAGGCCAACUACACUUGCCUUGAAGUAAACGAGGUGAAUUGACAAAACCAGAAGAAAUGAUGACACAGAAACAAAGCGACCCUAAUGCAAUGGUGGAAAAUUCCCAACCACACAACCACUGAUCAUGAGUGACAGCCAGCUUGAGACAAAAGCAUGUAAACCCAAAGUUGAAAUCACAGUGUAACCCCACCUAAAACUUGAAAACCAGAAGUGGAUGUGAGUGCUAAACCAAGCUAUUGUAGGACCUUCAAACCUUGAAAUAGUUGAUUAGAAGUAAACUCGCAAGCAAAACAAUGAUGGCCAAACACCAAGUCGAAAGUCAAAUGUGCCGUUAAGACUGCCAAAGUUGCAAGGUAACAACAAUUGCUCAGAAGCCAAGCGUAGCCCAAGAUAACAAAGAAAGAAAAGAGUUGACCGAGCAGCAGAACAGCGAGAAUCAAAUGGUAAAAGAAUUAUCCAAAGGCUAAACAAAGAGAUUGGCAUUCAGGAAAUGCUGUACUAAGUACAUGGAGAUGAUGCAAGCAAGGCAAACUGCACUUGAGCCACCGCACUAACUGCUGACCUCCUCGUUAACGGUGUUAAAUUUCAUUUAACUACAUAAAACAAUGAAGAGCAAUUCUGAUUGGUUUUCAUUUGAUUAUUGACUAGUCACUACACCUAAUAAGUAAAAGAGUGCUACCUUGUUGUCAAUUUGUAUUGCCAAAUCAUGUUUGCAUUACUUUCACAUUCAGCUAACGCGCACAAUUUAAAAUACUUCAUGUCCUGAGUGUCUGACAUUCUGCACUUGAAUAUCAUUUAAAAUACACUACAUUUUCGCUGGCACAAGGAACAGUACAAAACACGUUAAGUAUGAUGGUAUUGCGAGGUCAAGGCAUUGUGUGUAAGGCAUUGUGGAAAAAAAAGUGCAUUGUGGUUAAAAUCCAGAUCUGUCAUGGGUAGAAAUCGAAAAUAUUUUUCCCUCUACGGAUGAGGUCUGCUGCCUUGCACCUCACUUCAGGCUCGCUUGCAAGGCGGGAAUAAAGAUCACACAGUUGUGUUUAUAUGUACAAACAUUUAACACCUAUUCUAAUGACUCCAAGUUUGACUUCACGUCAUUGAAUCUCUUUUGUAGAAACCCUAGAAACUUCAUUUGCUCCAUCAUCCUAUCAAUCAACUUUGCCUCGCACAUCAACAACAAAUUCCCUUCCACGCUCAUAUCCAGCUGAGAUUCUCACAAUCCCUGUGGUGAAGGGUCCCAUGGGAUUUGGCUUCACUAUCGCAGACAGCCCGUAUGGUCAAAAGGUGAAGCAGAUCCUAGAUGCUCCCCGCUGUACAGGACUUCUCGAAGGUGACAUCUUAAUGGAAAUUAAUGGCCGAAUGAUCCGGAGUUGUACACACAAUGAGGCCGUCAAUAUCCUCAAAGAAUGUCCUAAAGGACAACAAGCUCAUAUUGUUGUACAGAGAGGAGGUAGGCACUCUAUAUUUACAGAAGAUCAUACACACCUGUGUAAAGGUUUUCACAGAAAUAUUUCAAUGGCCAUUGCUCAGAAGCAGCUACAAAAUUUAUUGUACUAGUUAGUGUAGGGAACCUUUAAUCUGAAAAGAUCCGAUUGGGCCAAACCCUUUCCCAAUUCAAAACCAACAACCCAGGCCUUCUGAGAUUGGUUGUCUUCGUCCACAGUAAUUAAUGUCAAACCUCAUCUAAACCCUUUAAUGUCUUCACACCUUGGGGUCACUUUCUGAAUACAAACCAUCCAGGAGAGCCCUGACAUGUACAUGUACAGAGUGAUAUACAAUGCGUUUUCUGAAAAAAUAACAUUGCAAGCCAUAACUUGAAUGUGGGUAAUGAAGGUAUAAAAAUUCCAAACUGAAAGUGGCUAUAGAAGUCAUGUUAAACGUUCAAAUUAGCCUUGACCUUUGCCAUCAUUUAUCUAACUCUAGGAUUGCCAACACCACUUAGAAACAGUCCCUUGUUUGCAAAGAAGGUAACUGAGCAGAUUUAAUAACUGUUUUUCUAUAAUGUAAUUGUCCGAAUUUAUUUUACUGUUCUUUUCACAAACAUGUGAAUUCUGAAGUUCAAAAGCCAACUGAUGAUUGCAUUUUUCGCUGCCGUCAAUCAUCUUAACAGACCUCUUAGGAAACAAAACUUUACUUUAACGGGUUCAAAAGGUCAAGGUUUGUGAUUUGUGAUUAGUGGAUUUCGAUCUGUUUUGUGUUUCUGUGUUUCCAGGUUCAUUGCUUGUGAUCGUAAUUAUGAUUGACGGCAGCGAAAAACGCAAUUGUGAAGGCCGCUUUUGAACUUUAGAGUUCACAUGUUUGUGAAAAGCGCAGUAAGACUAGCAAAUUUGGUCUUGUGACGGAGAACCUUUCCCCCUCAAACCCUUGACAAAAAUAAUUCAAAGUAGAUAGACUGCAAAUUAUCUUAGUUGCUAAAAAAUGUAUAUCUACGGGUCGCAACUGUUCAUCAGUAAGAUGCCUAAAAUGCCUGCAGAAAGUUAUUUUCAAGUCGAGCACCAUGCUUCCUUUAGUUCCUGGUGAUACUUUUCAGGUUAAGUGACACUGUUCCCUUGACUUUUGCCUUUUAAUCACACUCUCUUCUCAUUGCUCUCUUUUUUCUGCUUAUAUUCCCCAUUCUGUUUUCUUUUGCUGGCUUUUACUAGGCUUCAGUUUGUCAUAGCUACAAUCAGCGACAAAAUGAGUUGAGACACUUCACCCCAAACUGGAGAUUUUGAUUCAGACAAUCGGCGACAAAAUGAGUUGAAAACGAUGUUCAAGCUACCUACAGGAAACAACAAACACCCCAUUAUGGAGGGGGCAGGGGAGGGGUGCGGAUUCUUUUGUUCUCUGAAGUUGCCCUAUUUGAGUACAAGUCUCAACUAUUUUGUCACCGAUUGUAGCGCUCAAGCAAACUAACUUAUUAGGCUUCAUUUUGGGGGUAAAAGUUUCCACAAAUACUUUGAGGAUUGUGAAAUUAUUUUUUGAAGGAAGCAUAGGUGGGAAUUGUGACAAGAUUGUUCAAUUUCUGGUCCAAUUUACUUUUAUAAUUUUAAAUGUUUUUUCUCUGGCCUUUUCAUGAAAUCAUGUUUAUUCAGGUAUGGUUUGAAAGAUUCCACAAUGUACAGAAAUCAAGCAUAGACUGAAAGUUGUCUAUGAAAUGAAAGUUGUCUAUGACCAUUUAAAGUAAUGAUAUCAAAAGUGGCAUGAGAAACAAGGAUCCAAAAAGGGGUUUAUGGGUGGUUAAGUAGGGAAUGGGUCAAGAAUGAAACAAUACAGAAAAAAAACUGAUGAAUAAUUUUAUUUCAAAUUUAAUAGGAUUUGGAACCCAUUGCCCCACGUGUAGCACGACCCAAGUCCACCCCUAUCAUGGGCUCAAACCAUGUUGGGUAUGGUCAGGUGGAUCAUGGAAGCACUGGUAACUUAGCAACUGCUGGAGAGAGUACAAGAAACCAAGAAACUGGGUAUGAGAACAGAAAAAUAGCACAGCCCAUGCUGGACAAAAACUCUGAGGCAUUGUUCAAUUCAUAUCCAUCACUGAGGAAAGCUGUUGCUAAUGCUGCUAGAAGGUUUGAUUUUAUUUUUUCUUCAGUUGUGAAAUCGCUUCCUACUCGGUGUAAACAGGGCAAUAUGACUUUCUUUGAGAGAUUUAUGCCCACCAUUUAAGAGUGUCUGUCAUGAAGAGGUGUGAACCUGGCAGGGGUGUCCACUUUACAGGGGUCUCUGUCAUACAGAUGUCUAUACCUGAAAGAAGUGUCCACCUUGCAGGGGAUGUUUAUCAUACAGAGGUGUGCACCUGGCAGAGGUUUCUGUCAAACAAACGAAUCCUGCAAGGAUGUCCAUCAAAGAGAUGUGUGUGCGUGACAGAGAUGUCCACCUUCCAGGGUUGUGAACCUGGCAGGGGUGUCCACUUUACAGGGGUCUCUGUCAUACAGAUGUCUAUACCUGUUAGAAGUGUCCACCUUGCAGAAUAUGUCUACCAUACAGAGGUGUGCACCUGGCAACGGUGUCUGUCAAACAAACAAAUCUUGUAGGGGUGUCCGUCAAAGAGGUGUGUGCCUGACAGAGAUGUCCACCUUGUCUAUUAUAUUGAGUUAUACACCUGACAGGAGUGUCCACCUUUAAAGGGUUUCUAGCCUACAGAUACACUGUAUUUGCACCUGGCAAAGGUGUGAACAUUACAGGGGUGUCUACCAUACAGAUUUGUGGGUGUCUAUCAAACAGAAUUGUACAACUGACAGAGAUGUCCACCUUCCAGAUUGAUUUGUACAUUUGACAGGAGCGUCCAUUUUUAAAAGGUGGCUGAAAUACAGUUGUUCACCUAACAGGGUGUGACCCCUUUCAGGGGUGUCAUAUCAGUCAUGUGCACUUGACUACAGGGGUGCCUAUCAUACAGAGUUGUGCCCCUUGGGGGAUGUGAAUGUGGGAGGGAUGUCCACCUUGCAGGAGUGUUUGACAAACCUGAUGCCAGAGUCCACCUAAGAAGGUUGUUCACCUUAUAGGCUUGGAUACCCACCUCACUAGGAAUGUCUGUGCUUAAGAAAUUUUGACUCCCACUACUUGGCUAUUGAAACCUUGCUGCUUGAUCUGCAAAGGAAAGACAUCAGUACUUUGUCCAAGAUGCUAGCUUCAGAUUCUUAAACUCUUAAAUUUUAUAUGCAAGUGUUGUGACAGUGAUGGCAUAAGCUUGACCUUGUAGCUUGCAUGGUUUCUUACUUUUCCUUUAUUAUUAUUCUUCAGAUCAAUGGAAAACUUGGCAGCUCCUGAUACACCACCUCCCCCAGCCAGUCCAGAUGCUAAAAACUUUACUGUCAAUCUUAAGAGGGGAGAUAUGGGAUUUGGUUUCCGGAUUAUUGGUGGUCAGGAAGAAAAUACGCAGGUAUCAGAAAUUAAUGUUAUCUGCAAGCCAUUUUCCAGCAAUGGCUUAUUAGAGAAGGGGAGGACUUAUUUUAAACUGGAGUGGGAAACCCUAGCUAAUUCAUCUUAUUUUAGAAGCGGUAAUACUGAAAAGUACAAAAUUGUAAUAUUCUCUGCCAACUUUAGUGGUUAUACAAACUCGUCCUUUCAGUUAUUUGUCCCAACAUCAAACCUUUGAGUUUGUGUUGAUUAGCCUGCUUAACCAGCAUUAUCAUUCCAUACAAAUUUUUCUUCCUUUUCAUUGGCCGAAAGUCCACCAAGUGACCUGCAAAUAACUGCCCACAAAUAAUGGUCUUCUCAUACAUAAGGUCGUCUAACUGUGUUGGCUGCAAAAUAAUAUUCUGCUCAAGCUUAAAGGAAACCACGCUUUUCUCCUUCUGGCGGGAAAAAUGGCAAAUCGCUUCGCUUCCUGAAGAUAUUAAUUAGAAAACAAACUUGGUGAUCAGAUGAUAAAACAAUCAUUGAUCUCGGUUGUCGCAAAAUAGCGUGAUUUGCCAGUGUCUUGCAGAUCAAUUAUUUGCCGAAGCCUUCAAUAAUUGAUCUGCUCGUCGCUGGUAGUGAGUUUAACCUACAGAUUAUCAGCUAGCCGAUAACUGCUGUCAGUUACAUGUAUCUGCUAGCGUCUAACUAAUAUGUAGAUUGAGCACAAAAGGCAUGAUUUCCAAGAGACUGUUCUUUUUAACGGACAACGUGUUAAAUGUGUCAUCACCUUCUUCAAACCGUUGUUUAUUCAGCAAUUAUUAUCACAUUUGGCUUUUGUAAUAUUUAGAUAAGGUCCCAUUAAGUGUUAUCGGCCUCGACCUCGAGAGAACUGAUCAGCUCACAAACACUAAAUUUGUGAAAUUAUAGGAUAGGUUUGCAUAUCCAGAAAAAACCAGAUGAGAAAUGUAGCCCUGCUAAAAUGAGCUUGUUAGUACAAAUUGGUGUAGAGAUAAAGGAACCGUUAUGCUCCAAGGAUUUUUAAGGGAUUUGUAUGGAGUCGGUAGAGCAUAACGUUGCCUAUAUCUCCCCUUUAAUUAUCUGUUGUCACUGUCAUACCAUUACCUUGCAAACAGAGGUUUUUCUCUUGUAUGGCUUUCAGCGUUUACGAACGUAAACAAACUAACUACGCGACCUUCAAGUCACGCGAGUGACUUCGUAAACGCUAAAAGCCAUGCAAGAGAGAAACCUUUGCUCGCACGGUAUCACGCCAUCAAAAAUUAAAAAAUUGGAAACCAGUCAAAACAGAACGUCCAGAAUCUGGGAAAUGAAAGAAGAUAAAUAUGCAAAAGCCUCGCCAAAAAUCAGGUCUGUGCGAUAUGACAUGCGAGAUAUUCGGGAAAUAUUUUACCCAAAUUUACAAAGCUUUGUAUGGAGACACCAUGUUGGUGUCCCUUUUGAGGGGCACAAAUAUUGCGGCCAAAAACCAACGAAACAUCUGUCUUUGAGUUUUCCUACAAAAGCGUGGAUUUAUCACUUGAGGAACUCAUAAAGGUUAAAGCAAUAUUAAUUCUGGGUCAAGGUAAGGAAUGUUAAGGUGUCAAAAUCUCAAAAAAUCGGUAACGUUUUUAACCCACAUAAGAGCUUUCCCUGGCGCCAGCUAAAAUGCCGCAUCACGCAAAACCUUUGAAAUUCAAGCGUCCUUUAUGGGAAAACGUAAAACCCUUUCGAACCGAAAAUUAAUAAAGGUAUUUAGCAGCUGUAAUACCUCAUUAAAGUAGAAACUCUGAAGGGCUGAUUUUUUGUAAGGGAGUAUUUUUCAUCUUAUUCUUUCUGAGCAUGCUAGCCAAUCCCAUAGUUUCACAAUUUUACAUUUUUUUGUGACGCCACACUUCUCUUCUCUAUCACUGUUUAUUAUGGUAGUCCCCUCAUACAAAGACCACUAAUAAGGAUAUGUGUAGGCUUAAAAUUCUGUUUUUUUGGAAUCAGGUGGCUAUAGGUACAAUUGUCAGGGGUGGACCUGCGGAUGUGAGUGGGCAAUUACAGAGGGGAGAUGAGAUUCACUAUGUUGAUGGCAUCAGUGUGAUAGGCUCAACUCACCGCCGUGUUAUAUCACUCAUGGGUAAUGCUGCUCUUACUGGUGAGGUCACUCUUGGUAUUCACAGAGACCCAGCCAAAGUAGCAAGUAAGUCAAUAAAGUUCUGAAUCAGUGCUUUCCCUUAACUUUGCCAUGCAAUCUGGGCAAAUUCAAUCAUCAGGGACUAGCCACGAAGUGAAACAUGAAAAAAAGUGGAGGAAUCUUUAAAUAACACAGCCAGGCGCGGAUCCACAACAGUUUCCGCCUUUCACGAAAAUCGGUCAGAUUUUUCAUAAAUAAAUAUAUUUUUAAUGAAAAAAAAUUAAAAUUAAUGAAUGACUCAGAAACCCAGGAAAGGUGGCUUAAGGGAGUUGAAAUCAAAAAUAUUUUAGUGGGGUGCAUCCCCCCGGACCUGUCUAGAAGCUUGCGCCCUCGACGCUCGUUUAGGAAAUCGAUCAGUAUUUAUCCCCAGGCUAGAUCCGCACCUGACAGCAAAUGUAAAAAAAGGCACGGAUGGACAAAACUGAAGAAGUUUCAAAUGGAAUACAAAUAAGGCAAAUGAACGUUAAUUAGAGUGAGACUAUAAGAACCACUCAAUGCAAAAUACAUUAACUAAUGCCGUUUAUAUGAGGGAAAAUAAGACGCAUCUGGCGUCGUGUUCUCCUUGGAUAAAUCGUAACACCAUAGUUCUAACUACGGUGGCACUUAUCCCGGGCAAACAGGAGCAGUAGUUGUAAUGGUUUCUUGAUUUUCUCGUAUAGAAAUGAUAGUGUUAAUUGUAUAUAUAUUAUUUUAUAAUGUUAAAACAGAGAUGAAUCCGAGCAUGCGCCGUUCAUACUCAGCCUCAUCUGAUCUUGGUCCCGAAGCUGCUUUAGGAGGAAUCAAAGCCAAGGAGGCGUCUAAAUCCACAGGCAACCUGCAACAAUAUGGCAGAAUAUCAUUCAACGACCCUGAAGAAACGUCUUCUGUUCGAAGCUAUCAUUCAGAAAUGCUUCCCUCUGAUGUGAGGCCACAGAGUCAAAGGAAUAGACGAGUUAGUGAGGGUGAUGUAAAUGGUGAACCCAAGGGCCCAGUCUCCUACCGUGAUAUUACUCUAGAACGAGAGGAAAACGAGUCGUUUGGUUUUGUAAUCUUCUCUUCGGUACACAAGAGCGGUUCGACAAUAGGUAAGAAUUCAUGAGGUUGAUUGAUUAUAGUUAUUUGUUUUUGUCACUUUACAGGUUGUAGAAUUUAGAUAAAAUUAAGAAGAAAAAAGAUGGUGACGGGGAAGCCUGAACUGGAAGCCUGGGGCUUAUAUGGGUUGCACGGUCCAGGAGCAAUUUGAGUAGACAUAACUUUAGAGGAAAGACACGAAUUUACAAACUCAACUAUAAUAUAAACUAAGAUACAGGAAAAAAAUAGAAUAAUACAACUUAAAUUACUUAAAAGAUUAGAUCGAAUAAGAUGAUACUAACCUAAGGUGGACAGGUCAGUGUACUUUACUCGCUCAGCCUACAAACUGAAUUACGUUUCGUUCAUUUUGGCUGAACGUUAUUUUGUAAAGGGUUGUAAAAUCCUUUAACCGGGCUCGUGAAAGUCCUGAAAUUUACCUGUUACACACAAAUCCUAAUAGUCAACUCCAUGGUUUACUAUUUGUAAUAUUAACUUUUGUCAGUGAACAAGAGGUAGACAAAUGCAUCCCCUGAAUCGGUAGGGGAGAAGUGAAAAAAGACCACUAAGUAGGCCCCUUGAUGAGGAGGGAGUAUAGACCGUUUUCACUCACGUGAUCAGCAGCUAUUCAAAUUUCUUGAAGCGAAGUGAAAGGUUGAUAUGAGGAAAGAAUUCAGUAUUUUUUUGGUACACCAACAUGGCCGCCAUUUCAUUGUUUUGUACACCAAUAUGCCUGUCGUGAUGUCUUGUGAAACGAUCUAUAAGUUUACCGCUAUCCCUGUCACGUAAUUCUUAUUUUAGUAACGCAACCUUCUCCGUUACAGGACGUAUUAUUCAAGGCAGUCCAGCCGACCGAUGCCGCCAGCUUCAUGUAGGCGAUCGACUCGUGGCCGUGAAUGACGUCAGCAUUGUAGGAGUUCACCAUAGUGACAUAGUGGAUACCAUUAAACGGUCUGGAAGAACCGUUACGCUCAGAAUCGCUCAACAGCGCCCAUUGGGUAAAUAUAAAAGUAUAUUUGUUGUUUAAGAUGACGAAGUCCUACUUGAAUGUUGAAAUUCCAGUUUCCUAUAGUUGCCAUGUCUAAAUACCGAAUGCUGCUAAACAUAGAAUUAACUUGCUUAUUUACUCGAAGAUGAAAAACGAAUUUUAUUCGCGUGUCAAUGUAUUUCGCACGAGUGCUAUUUGCACUUGCACUAAUUAUGCUAAUGGUAUAAUUUUACGAAAAGUCUUUAACCCUAAGCUGUUGUUAACUUAAGCCUAUCUUUUUUUUUCUUUGAUUUUUUUUUUGCGCAGAUAACUUUGAAACAAAGAAAUUAUCUCGAAUGGUAAGUCAACUGGCGGCACUCUCUCAUGUCAUUAAAUUUGAUUAAAAGGUAUUUUACGUCGAUAACUCGUGACAGUAAUUUAACCGAUAAAGUUAGGUGGACGUUGCGCUCAUUUUACCAUCAAUGCUCCGUUUUAAGGGUAUUUAAAGCUACUUAUAGUUACACAAAAAGGAGGCCACUCACUAACCAACCGUGCCAACCUUGCUCCUAAUUAUAUUUUUUGCUUUUGUUGUUUCUAUUUUUUUUUUGGCUGAUGUUAAGCCACGGCAAAAGGGCAACAAAAUCAUGCGACUUGUUUUUCGACAUUGCUGCUGCGCGAUGUUGCGCGUUUUAACACCCACCUUCAAACCUUUCUUGCAAGAAAUAAAGGUUGCUGCAAGUUGCAUUAAUACUGACUUCUGAUUGGAUACAAUUACGCGGAGUCACGCCGUACAGGGAAGACAAGUUUGCCUUGGGGCUGUAAAAUGCGCAACAUGUACAAAUUUUGUUGCAAAAAGUAAAACUACUCUCUACUUUCUGUAGCAGCGUUUUGGCAACCUGUAACCUGAUUUGUUGCAAAACAGGUUUGCACGUGGGUGGUAAAACUCGCAACAUCGCUUUUCAACUCACUUUUCAGCAAUUUUGCAAAGAAAAUUGCACGUUUUUGUCGCCUGUUUUCCCGCACCUUUAUGUCAAAUUGCAACCUGUUUCUUGUUGUCUUCCUUAGAGUGCUCCAGACAUCUCUAGAAUGGGUAGUGAAACAUACCCCAGAAGAGACGCUGACCAGCGAAGUUGGGAUAAUGCAUAUCCGGAACAGGUAUGACUUAUUGUUUCUAAUGGACUCUCAUUUUCUUUCCUAUGCGCCACGAAUGUAACCGAAAUCAAGAUCAAAUAUAACUCCUCUGCUUCCAAACAAAUUUAAUUUUUUUUCUUCUCUUCUCUCACCCUUCAAGAAGUUGUUGUUUGUUUUAUUGUAUAGACGUGUGCGUAAUAUUGCAUUUAAUUCUUACUCGUUAUCCGUUUCUGUCGAAUUUAGUCAAAAUAUUCAUAAGCAUUUUUACUUACUAUAAGGGCAGACUAAAUUCAGUUUAUUCCGUUGUGCUUGGUGGCUUGUUGCGCUCGCGAUCAUCGUUUCUUCUUUGUUACCAGACUGUUACCGACCGUGCAAAGGAGGAGCCACGUUAUGUAGCAACCCUUCCCAGAAUGCAUCACAGCUACAACUCACAACCACCGCCUAAAGUACCGCCUCGAGUCGCCCCCAAGCCUUCCAGAGAAAAAGUGCUGAAGGCAAAAGAAGAAAAGAGAAGGCAAGAAAAUGAUUUUCAUGUAGCCAGAAAUGACAUGCGCAGACGAUCAAACCCUGAAAUACCAUCAAGACCACCCCUACCUUCUCAGGAUUACACGGGUAAUGUGAGAGAUGAGCGAAUUUCUUUUAAUCAGACAAUGGUUGUAGAACUGGAUCGAGAUAGGGAGACUGGGUACGGAUUUAGUAUCAGAGGAGGAAGAGAGCUGAAUUUACCUAUAUUUGUUCUGCGCAUGGCUGAUGGAGGUGCAGCACAGAGGGAUGGCAGGCUCAGGGUAAGGAUUGUAGGGGUUCUUGUUGUCAUUAGUUAUAUAAUAUUUAGAGUUGUAUUUCAUCACUUUACUGAUUUAUUGGGUCCAUUUGUCUAAUGUCUGUCGUGUUUAAUUUUUUCCGUCCUGUGUCUUCCUUUUGUUGGUUCAUUAUUUUAUAUAUACUUUAAGGUGGCUCGACACGACAGUUUUGUAGUGACACCUUCCAUCCUUGAAUCUCUCACACUUAAACAAAUUGAUCUUUAUGGUAAAACCAUUAUAACACAUGUAUUACACACCGACUAAACUUUAUUAUGAUAUUAUUUUUUGGGCGAUCGGAGUAAAUAUCAUGUAACUAUGACGUCACGAUAGUUUUAGCUGUAAGUCGAAUUUCAGCCCUCAUCGACCUGAACUUUGGAAAUGCUUUACGCUGCGCAUAUUUUGGGUGCUUAUCUUCCGUUAUGGGAAGGUUCUCAGAAAUCUAUGAGAGGAAUUUAGAGAUAUCUUGGAAUUUCUUCAAAAAGGGUAUAGAUUAUGCAUGAACUGACAAAUUUGCUACUUUUUGGAUGUUUCCGGAAAGGUUUUAUCACUCAUUCACUUUGCAAAUGACCCUUAUAUACAAUCGGCUAAACGCAAGUAGACUUGCGCAAUUUUCGAAAAACAUGCAAACAUGUGAAUCUCAGUUCAAACGCGAUGCUGAGCUCUUUUUGUAAUUUCUAAGGCUACUUUCACGAAAACAGCGAUUAAACCAAAAUUCGACGUUAGAUUUUCUUUAUAGAAUUUGAGUGCUGCAGUUGAUCGGUGUACUAU